UGAGCCGGGGCCUAAACCUUCGCAACAUACACGUGGUGGGCGCUGGGGGGCGGCUGAAGGUCCUAUGCCUCCCUCCUGCUGGUCUACCGCGCCCUCGUGCCUCCUGGGUCGCCGUGGCGUUGAAGGAGGACGAAGGAGGCGCCGGCGUGGAUAACAGGGGAGGCGCUGAGUUACUGGUAGAGGAUGUCAGUUACGCUCAUGCUGGGAACUAUACUUGUGUGGCCUCAAACCUGGCGGGGAAUUCGUCAGUGUCUCUGCAACUUGUGGUGACGAGAAAGCCACACGCCCAGCUGGUGACGGCGCCCUUGGAGGUACUAGAGGAGGAGACGGCGAGACUGGAGUGCCGGGUGGAUGCCUCGUCACGACCUUACACCAACGUCACCUGGACUCGCAACGGCAGCCCGGUUAGCGUGGACGACUACCGUAUCUCCGUGUCGGGCAUGGAGGAGGGCGUGACGGAGGGCGUGUCGGUGCUAAGGAAUACGAUGGGCGCGCCUCACAGAUGCUGGGGAUUACGUCUGCGUGGUGAACACCCUGGGGCACCCUCCUGCAGCCACCACUCCCGUCAGGCUGGCCGUCACGGAGCGGCUCAAGUUUUCGCCGCUGCCCCGAGACACGCGCGUGGAGGUGGGCGCCAACCUGAGCAUCCCGUGUGAGGCAGGGGGCGCAGACUCCCCCGUCACUACCUGGCACCGUAUUUCCCACCAGGCGCUGGCCAGUCUGCCUGAACAUAUGGCCAGUCUGGAGGGGCGGCUGGAGAUUACAGGGGCGGAACUGGAGGACGCUGGGAGGUACAUGUGUGUCGCUGCCUCCUCCCAGGGCGCCAUCAACGUCACCAUAACUCUCUCCGUCAUUGAGAGCCCCGUGCUGGAGUGGGUGACGCAAGGGCCUGUGUUGGUGGACAGAGGCGACACCCUUCUUCUGGAGUGCUUCGCCAGAGGGAGCCCGCAGCCCUCCAUCCACUGGGACUACAACCACACCACCAACGCCUUCGACCCGGAGAGGGUGAAGCUGUACGGCAAUGGCACGCUGCAGGUGUCUGAGGUGCGCUGGGAGGACGGCGGCAUGUACGGAUGCACGGCGGGGAACAUGGUGGGCCUCGCACGGGCGGAGAUUGCUGUUACUGUGACAGGCGACAGUUCACAGUUACUCGGGCGGACGGUGGGCGUGGCGGUGGGCGGGGCAGCAGCUUACAUUGCUCUGGUGGGUGCCAUGCUUAUCUAUUGCCGCCAGCGACGACAUCGUUUGAAGCAGCCCUCCCCGCAGCACGCCAGGGGAGAUGGUGGAGUGAGCGAGGCAGCCCAGCGACCCGAGGAGGCGGAGAGGCUGAUGUACGAUGCUCCUCCAGGCGGCGUGGUAGGGGGACAGGCCGCCACUAGGAUAGGGAGGCUGGACCCCCCUUGCCACGUACAGCUGUCCCAAGUGUCCACUCACACCUUGGCCACCUCCACCCACCUGGGACUCUCGCAAGCCUCCACUAAAACUCUAGGGGGAUCGUCCGCCUCCACCCGACACUCCUCGCCCCUGCAGCCCAACUCCUCCCCCUCACCCCAGAGUGGCCUCCCCACGGGCCUCAGCGAGCACCUGUACAUGAGGCCUGACGCUGCGCCUUCAGGUCACACCCCCACCCAGGACAAGCCAACCAUCCAGCGGGAAAACCUACAAGUCCUCCUAACCCUAGGUCACGGGGAGUUCGGAGAGGUACAGCUGGCGCGCCUGAGGAACCCCAAGGACGAGACCCCAGGGGAGGAGGCGCCACCGGACCCUGACAGCCUCGUGAUGGUGAAGGUGAUCAGCACGAGGGACGAAAGCCAGCUGGCGGAGGUGUGUCGGGAGGCUGCCAUGUUCGGGGGGCCGCCGCACCCCAGCCUCGUCUCCACCAUCGCCUUCUGCACCGCCCACACACCGCACCUCCUCCUGACCCAAUACACGGACUGGGGUGACCUGAAGCAGUUCCUGUUAGCCACGCGGAAGGAAUCACCGCGGCCCGUGGGGAGCCUCCGACCGCCGCCUCUUGCCCUGUCCCACGCCCUCAGCCUCGCCCUUCAGACCGCUGAGGGGCUGGAGUUCCUGAGCGGGAGGCGACACAUUCACAGGGACGUGGCGGCUAGAAACUGCCUCGUCACCUCCAGCUUGCAAGUGAAGCUAGCGGCUCCUGCACUCACCAGGGACGCCUAUUCCUCCGAGUACCACACCUACAGGAAUCAGGUGGUGCCCGUUCGCUGGCUGGCUCCCGAGGCGCUGCUGGAGGAGGAGCACAGCAUGAAGAGCUCCGUGUUUUCGUGGGCGUGGCUGGUGUGGGAAGUGCUCACCCAAGCGGCCAUUCCUCACGCAGACCUCACCGACCACCAGGUCGUGGUUGCCGCCGAGCGAGGAGAGCUGAGAUGCACGGCGCCCCCCAAGACACCCCCUGAAUUAGAGGCGCUGCUGAUGGCGUGCUGGCAAGUGUCCCCGAAGGCGCGGCCCUCCAUUUCUGUCAUGGUGGACGCCCUUAAGGCUCUCACUUGAUCACACACACACACACACAUACACACACACACAUUAUUACCACAUCGCUCUCUCCACCGCUUCCUUUUAUCGCUGAGGACUCGCCGCGCCGU